UUUUUUUUUAGAUUGUAUCAUUUGUUGUUUCGAAUUAUGCCCGCUGUUGGAUGCGUUUGUGUCGCGGAAGAUCAGGAUUUUGCGUUCUUGAAGAGACUCGCGGACGAAACGGAAAAGGAUGGCUGGAAACUGGAAUACUCGAAAAAUUCCGUCAAAGUUUGGAUGAAACCUGGCUGUAAUUCAAACUUCAAAAUUAUCAAGCUGUGCGGUGUAUUGAGUGACGUGCCACCGUCAUUGUUGUUCGACGUCCUCCACGAUCCGAACUACCGGAAGGAGUGGGACACCCACAUGAUCGAAUCUUUCGAGAUCGGUUAUCUGAACCCAAACAACGACAUUGGCUAUUAUGCAUUAAAAUGUCCACCGCCGCUGAAGAACAGGGAUUUUGUUGUUCAACGAUCUUGGUUGGAUGCUGGCAACGAAUAUUUGGUUCUGAAUCACUCCGUGUUCCAUGAGAAAUACCCGCCGAGGAAAGGCUUUGUUCGUGCUACUUCCUACAUAACAGGAUACAUCAUUCGUCCGAGCGGAGAAAACGAUUCAGAGCUGUGGUAUGUUUCACAAACGGAUCCCCGGGGUAAAUUGCCGCCGUGGUUGGUUAACAAAGUUACCCACAUAUUCGCUCCUCAGAUGAUUAAGCGGUUAAAAAUUGCUGCACACGCUUAUGGAACGUGGAAAGCUUUGAACUCGCCUCAUUGGAAACCGUGGAUCAAUCCGGAGCAGAUUAUCAUCCCCAGGAUCAAUUUGCGCGAGGAUUGCAAUGGAGACGGAGUGCUUUCUUGUGCUGAUCACGCACUUUUGCUCAAAAAUCGAGGACUGGAUUGCACAAGUGAUGAAGCAUCAAAAAAGAAGCUAUAUGAAGACCUGGCGAUUUGCGAACAAGAUCCAAACGCUGACCUGCCUCUGGAUUUGGAUCCUUUCCUCAGGAAGAAACAGGUUUCCCCUACUGGC